AUGAGGGCUGCUAUUGUUUUCCACAACAUUGAGGCAUUGGAUUUCUCAAAGUUGGAGUCUUUAUUUGGCGACUGUUUAAGGGACAUUACAUUUGAUGACAUGAGUGUGCUGGACAUAAUACUACUAGGCCAGUUUGAAUCUUCGGUUUACCUAGAUAAUGUGCUGGGGAGGAUCUACAGCUCUGCCAGGGAAAUAUUUCUAUCAAGGAAGUUGUUUGUGACUGCAAUAAACGUUCUUUUUGAUUACAGUUCAACGCAAUCCCUUGACUUCGACUGGCUUUACGUCCCAGACGAAGAAUUGCUCAAACGCUACCAGCAUAAGAAUGCGGGACUAUUUGAGCAACCCAGGAUACAAGGCUCCAACGUUUUUGGAGGGAGUUACGUUGAGGAUACGGAUAGAUACAAAGUUAGUGCCUUAGGUGGAACUUUUGAUCACAUUCAUGACGGCCAUAAAAUCCUCCUAACCGUAGCUGCUUUCCUUACGUCGGAGAGGCUCAUAGUCGGUGUCACUGAUGAAGAAUUACUAGUGAAAAAGAAGUACCGGGAAUAUUUGGAAUCUUUUGAUAAAAGGGCUAAAAAUGUCCAGCAAUUUUUGCAUCUAUUGAAACCCAACCUAGAUACCCAAAUUGUUCCGAUAAAGGACGUUUGCGGUCCAACCGGUACUGUGCCGGAAAUUGAAUGCCUGGUGGUCAGCAGAGAAACCGUAGCCGGUGGCGAGUUUGUGAAUAAGACCAGACUGGCAAAGGGACUCUCGAAGCUAGAUAUCUCUGUUGUGAAUGUUUUGGGCGGUAAUGAACAAGAUGGUUGGAAGGAGAAAUUGAGUAGCACCGAGUUAAGAAAGAUGUUGAUGCAAAUCAAAAAUAGUGCCAGAAAUUGA